AUAAUGUACUGCAAGCUUUGAAAAAUCCUCGCAAAGCAGGUUCAAACACAAGCCCAGUGAAGGUACGAAGGGAUCCAAUUCCGAAUUCAGAGUUUCAAUAGCUCUGGACGCGUGCGAGGAAAUCAGCACGUCAUUACGCUGUAUCUAACAUCUUAGCCCUUUUAAAGGUAAACCCCUUUUUAAUAUAGCCCCUCUCAGCUAACCCCUGAGAGCCACUACCACCUACCCGUCCCACCGAUUAACCCAUCAAACCGGACACACACACACACCGCUACGGGUUUCCGUUGACUGAUAUAGCCCAUGCCGGACAAGGAGUUCCCGGCAAGGGCCUGUGGGCUCGCUGCUGCCUCGCACAAGCAGGCUAGGGACUCGGCUUCCUCAGCUGAGAAUACUAGCAACUGCCUGACGAAGAAAUCUGGGAGCAACGAAGGUCGUCACAAGGCCGGCGAUGACUACGUUAACCCAAGAUUCGCUAUGUAUCCAAGCUCUCCAGCAGCAGCUGCUGCUGCCGCAGCUGCAGGCUUGCACCAUCAAUCCCAACACAUGCAUGCACAUCAAUUGCAUCAACAGUACUUGCAGCUUCAAACACAGAUGCUCAUCAUGCAACACCAGAUUCAGCAUCAACAGGAGCAGGCUCGUUUGGCGCAACAGAAGCAGGCAAGUACCAGAGAAUUCGACGAAACCAAUGUUUACGUGGCUCACCUUCCCGUGACUAUGACCCACGAGGAGUUCUUCGAACUGAUGAGCAAAUUUGGGACCGUGGUGUCCAGUCGGAUCUUGGUAGGUGAUCACUGGCGCAAGAAGGGAGUCAAGGGUGUCGGGUUCGCAAGGAUGUCGACUGAGGAGGAAGCACUUGCUGCGAUCAAAGGAGUCAACAAUAUGCGCUUGCCCGGCUCGAGUGUGCUUCUCAGAGCGAGGCUGGCGUUCAAAACGAUUCGCAGAGAUGGACAUCCUGAUGGGGAUGACAAUGACCUCAUGGAGCCUGAAAGCACUGAUGAAGUUGACUACCGUCCUCAGCAGCAGACACCGAGUGUGUCGGUGAACGGUGCUCGAAGAACAGUUGCCACCCAAUGGCCGGCAUAUAUGCAACCAUUCCCUGCCGCCAUCACUCCUCAUCCUGGCAUGGAAUACAUGGCGGCACCAGCCAUGUAUCCAUCUUAUUCCCUGGCCUGUCCACCAUGCCCUGGGGCCAGUGUGUGUCAUGCUCCUUCUGCACCACCACACCCCUACUCCAUACCACCUGCAUGGACCAUUGAUCAUUCGUCUUGUGCGGCUGCUGCUGCUGCAGCUGCAGCAGCAAGUGCUCAAUCCGCAUCAGCUCAGUAUUCUGGCAAUCCCAGUGAGGAUGCUAGUUCUUCUGAUUAUUGCUGGCUCGGUCAGCAAGCAGACUACUUGAGUACUGGAUGGGCAGGGGCUAAUGAUGCUUACUGCAGUGCAGCAACUCCUGCGGCACCAUUUUAUGAUCCACAACUCGCACUGAGUGCCCAUGCAGCUUAUGCUCAGAGUGCAGCUGUUGCCGCUGCGAGCAAAAGCAGUGGAUGUCCAUUGACCCUGGCAGCCGCAACUCUACUGGCUAAGCCUGCUGCAAAUGUUACCUGGGCCGCAGGUGAUGACAUCAAUCUCUUGCCUAGGCCGAAGAAGCCCAUCUUGAUCACGGCGCCAGCAACAAGCAAAGAACACGCUGAACCCGCGACUUCUGAUCCGACUGCAUCCAAUCCCAGCACUUCAACGAAGGACGAUAAAUUGGCUAAUUCCAUAACUAGCCCAUCAGACUCCUCGGACGCUGUUGAAAGAUUGUCGGCAGGUGGAGACGGAUUGACUUAUCCCCAGGCACGCCCCAAUAACUACAAGUACCCACCAGUGCCAGGACUUUCCUACAGUCAAAACUUCGCUUACGCAUUCCAGUCCACGAAUGAUGCAGCAACUUUCGAUGCACAGAACACCUUCAUGUCUGCUCCGGCUCCCACAUUUGCUUCUGCUAUGAUUUCGGCUUCACAGCGUCACCAAAAGCAGUGCACUACUUCGAAAACUAAUCUGGAAGGCGGUGAAGAAAAACAUACUCCCGACGCCACCGACAAAAAAGACACUGAACAACUUCCUCCGAAUAUUCUGAACAUCGCCCAGACGUGCGCUGGUAUCGUCUUGCCCGAAGAAUACUACGCGGAAGAAGUUCGCAAAUCCCUGGAAGGUAUAGUAUGGGUGCAUCUCGGCUGUUACCCGGCAAAUCCCAUCAUCCUAUACAAGAACCAUCGUCCCAUCUUCGGCAUCUUCCAUCCCGAAUACAAAAUCUACUACGGAAGCAUCUUCUACGGAGACUCGGCUCCUGGACUCCCGCUCAUCAGCUGCGCCGCUCCGAAAAACUACGAGCUUCCCAGCGUUCCACGACGAAUUAUCGGACAAGAAGUUGAACACGCGGUGGUCGAGAUGAAGAUCCUCACGGUGGAGUCGCGCGGGCGAAACAAAGCCUCCGAAUAUAUUUACUUACUGAGCUGGCAACUUGUACCGGAAGCUGUGCAAUAAGCUCGUUUCCGUUCUUUUUCCUCUUCGUUUUUGUUUCUAAAUAAUUCCGCUUUUUCCCUCGUUUCUGUAUGUCCUCUAUUUCCGUUUUCCAUGUGCGCUUUUAUUCCAAUAAUUUCAUCAAUUGCUUUUUUCGUGAAAAAUAAAAUUCUGAACAAGCUCCA